CCAACCAUAGAAUACCGGAAGAAGCCCGCGCAGAGGGGACCCAAGCGGGUGAAAGCCUCUCGGCUGCGGGGUGGCGGGUCCCGAAAUGACGACCCUAGUGCUGGAUAACGGAGCCUACAACGCCAAAAUCGGUUACAGCCAUGACAGCGUCUCGGUUAUUCCCAAUUGUCAGUUCAGAUCAAAAACAGCUCGUCUUAAAACCUUUACUGCUAACCAGAUUGAUGAAAUAAAAGACCCUUCAGGACUCUUUUACAUUCUUCCUUUUCAAAAGGGCUACUUGGUGAAUUGGGACGUCCAGCGACAAGUUUGGGAUUAUCUUUUUGGAAAAGAGAUGUAUCAGGUUGAUUUUUUAGAUACUAAUAUUAUUAUAACAGAACCAUAUUUUAACUUCACUUCGAUUCAAGAAUCAAUGAAUGAAAUUCUAUUUGAAGAAUAUCAGUUCCAAGCAGUAUUAAGAGUAAAUGCUGGUGCUCUCAGUGCACACAGGUACUUCCGAGAUAACCCUUCUGAGUUAUGCUGCAUCAUUGUAGACAGUGGUUACUCCUUCACACACAUCGUUCCUUACUGUCGCAGUAAAAAGAAAAAGGAAGCAAUUAUUCGGAUAAACGUGGGUGGAAAACUCUUAACGAACCAUCUAAAAGAGAUCAUAUCCUACAGGCAGCUGCAUGUUAUGGAUGAAACCCACGUGAUUAAUCAAGUGAAAGAAGAUGUAUGCUAUGUGUCUCAGGAUUUCUACAGAGACAUGGAUAUCGCAAAGCUAAAAGGAGAAGAUAAUACAGUGAUGAUUGACUAUGUUUUACCUGACUUCAGUACAAUUAAAAAGGGCUUUUGUAAGCCGAGAGAAGAGAUGGUGCUGAGCGGGAAGUAUAAGUCUGGGGAACAGAUCCUUCGUCUUGCCAACGAGAGGUUUGCUGUUCCCGAGAUCCUCUUCAACCCUUCCGACAUCGGCAUCCAGGAGAUGGGGAUCCCAGAGGCGAUUGUCUAUUCCAUUCAGAACCUACCCGAAGAAAUGCAGCCGCACUUCUUUAAGAACAUUGUCUUGACGGGAGGAAAUUCACUUUUCCCGGGAUUCAGAGAUCGGGUUUACUCGGAAGUCCGCUGUCUGACGCCAACAGAUUAUGAUGUUUCUGUCGUGCUCCCUGAAAACCCUAUUACUUACUCCUGGGAAGGUGGAAAAUUGAUAUCUGAAAAUGACGACUUUGAAGACAUGGUGGUUACAAGAGAAGAUUAUGAAGAAAAUGGACACAGUGUCUGCGAAGAGAAAUUUGAUAUUUAAGAAACAUUUCUGAAUGAAAGUCUUAGGUUAAUUUCAAAGUUCCUUUUAAGGGCGGUUAUGGACUGUGUUACUUUUCAUCAUAAGAUAAAGUCUUCAACUUAUGUAUAUAUUCUGAGUCAUGGCUGAUGUUCACAGGUGUCUUAGGUAGGUUAUUAUUGUAUUACAGUAAAGCGUAAUUCAGCCCACAUUUCAGUAGACUACUCUACCAAUGCUUACACUGUCUGAGAAUAGAUUGUUUGUCGUGAGACAGUGAAGAGUAAAUGUUUAAUUCUUCAUCCUUGAAACACAGAUUUAAAUAUCUCACCAGCCAGUUUUGCCUAGAAGAUCCUUUGUAAAGUAGUUUUGACUGCGAUUGGCUGAAGUGUUUGCAGACCGAUAAGAUUCUGCUCUUAGAACUAAGUUGUUGUUUUUAAUAUUGUCUGUGUGUGUGUGGUAUGCAUAUGAUUAGAUGGUACUUUUCAGAAGCCUCUUUCCACUGUCUGGUCCUGGGGAUUAGAUUUGAAGGGAAGCAUCUUUACACACUUACCUUUCUGGAGCACCUGAGAAAUCUGGUUCUGUGCCUUCUGCUUCCUCUGUGUUCACCGUCCGGGUUCUUUGUUUUGUUCAAGACAGGUGACUAGAAAGGCCUUCAGAAACCAGGUUGCUGUAGUUCUCUAACAUGACCUCUCUGUCCAAAUCCCUCUGAGAAGUGUGCGGGCAUUCCCAUUCCUCCUUGGAGAAAUUGAUGGCCACAUCGUUGAAAGUCAGCCGACCCUGACAACGGGCCACCUGUGCUGCCCCUUCUUUGUGAAUCCUGUCAGGAAGUUUAUCAUAAAGUUUCACCUUCCCGAUAAUAUUCUGGGUGUAAAGGCAGCAGCACCUACCUCCCUGCUGCCACACUCAGAGACUGGAAAGCAGGUAAAAAAUGUCCUCAGUCAAUGACUUGUGCCACAGCCGAGAUGCAGAAACCAUAAACUUUUACAUACAGAUCAAACCUAGUUCUCCUUUCCUGCAUUGGGAGGGUCUGUUUUUCCAGCAGAUGGAUAUCUUCACAAUCUGGGUUUGUAGCUGCAGUGACCUCUAAGUAUUUUAUUUAAAGUUUGUUGUUCUUAUUUGUACUUAAUAAAGUUGGAAAGACCUAUAUUAAAUAUGUA